CAGCAUCAUGUGACAUCCGAUGAAAAAGGCGGGAAAUAGAGACAACUUGAAGGCCCAGGGAGCUUCGACUGGUUGAGUACAAAGCAGAACCCCGUGUCGCCUUGGACUUCAUUUGCUUGAGUCCCUGCCAAGGUGAAGUUGACACAUCUAUUUCAAUUUUUAACUUUUUCUCUCGUGCGAGCUACCAUGGAGUCCGAUCAGGUGAACCGGUCUUUCGCAGCAACGGUUGACUUGGCUGUGCUUUCCGUGGAAGAGCUGAAGGAACUGGCGAAAGGCAUAUCAGGGUACAGGGGGUUGAAACGCCCCCAGCUGGUGGCAUUGCUGAGAAGAAAUGGUGUCGUCGAUGCAUAUCCAUCAGAUGCAGAUCUGCGGCAGGUGGACAUCGUCAUAGCCGAUAUUGCGCACAACGUCACGACGUGUAACAUCGACCAGGUGUUCAAAUCAGUUUACCAACUGGAGGGCUUGGCCUUGAGGCUGGAGUGCCCCGCGGAGAUGAUUGCCGACAUGAAGGGCGCAGAACGCGGUCAAUGCUACGCUGAUACCAUCUACAAAAUGCUGAAGAACUACAAAAGAAAAUGCGCCGAGCGCAGAGACAGCGAAAUCGGCCAGAAAAUGGUCAGUCUGCUAGUGGACAAUGGUUAUAGAGCGCUAGUGGCUGGGGGCGAUGUGUCUCCUGUGCCUGUGGCAGCUUUCUGCCAGUAUCAAGGUAUCGUGGGAGCUGAGCUCACAGUUGCUAAGCCCGCUACAACGCCUAAGGAGGACAGUGGCUUCGGCAGCGAAGGCAGUGUAUGCGGCGGCCGGCGCGGCUCCAUGGUGUCACCGGAGAGUGGAAUAUGCCUAAGGACGCCUGCAAUAUGCCAGGAGAGCUCGCCCAAUGGCCACGACGCCACAGGGCCGGAGCGUUACAUUACCUCCCCCAAUCACUCUGCCAUUCCAGAAAGUCGUCAUGAAGAGGAGGAUGGCGAGCCGAUGUACGAAUCAUCCUAUACGUAUAUUGUGCACCAGGUGACACCUGGGCAGAAGUAGGUCUCAACACUAUGCGUCUUUGAUAAGCCGGGACUUGACUACCUGUCCGAUAAUUUUGCCGGAGCCAUGCGUUCUUCCC